AUGAAUCACAUAAUAGAAGAAUCAAAUUAAUCAUCAUCAAUUUAUUUACAAUCAGUAAACUCUUUAAAGAAUUCAAUCAAAUAUUAAAAUUUUAUUAGUAAAACCAAACUAACAGUUAAUGAAAUUAAAAAUUUAAUAAAAUGGUAUGAUUUGAAACGAAAUCAAAGAAUAAUUAGAUAGGCCACCUAACCUGACUAAAGUAAUGAUUUUUAAAAAUAAAUCAUUUAAUAAGGAAUAAUUAUUAAUUAAAUGUAACAGCAGAUUAACAAAUAAUUUAUUGACAUGGAAAACUUAAAAAAAACAAUUUUUUAAAGAGGAUAAGAUAAAUAGAAUGGAGUUCAUUAAAAAUCUAAAUCAUCAACUGAUAAUUUUUUGGAUAAAUAAAUCCUUUUCAUGAACAAACAAUAAAAUACACAUUUUCAAUAACCUGAUAAGGAUUUAGAAAACCAGAUUAAGGCAAUAAUUUAAUAAGAAUUUGAAAAAAUCUAUAAAUUAUUAUCUUAAUAACUAAAAAGCGAUAUAAAUGAUAUAAUAUAUUAAAGCAUUUAAGAAUAAAUUUUUGUUAGCAAUAACAAUUCCCCAAAACCAGAGACUUUAAGAAAGUAUUCAUAAACAAAACAGCAUUCAGAAGAAUCUUAAUAAAAUAUUAAUGUUAUUGUUGAAUGUUUAAAUGAAUAAAUUGAUGAAUAUGCAAAUUAUAAUUAUAAUUUUGAUCUUUUGAAAAGUAAACUCAAAUGUUUGAAAUUAAAAUAAAUCAACUUACUCUAUGAAGAUUUGAACUCUUAAUACAAUUAAAAUUAACUUAAAGAUUAUUUUAUCGGUCCUAUAGAGCAACUAAAACCAUCUUCUAACAAGCUUAAGGAAUCUAACCUUUUAGAGUAUGUUAAUGGAGAAAGGAAAACUAGAAAGGACAGUAAUAAUUUUUAUGCAGUUUUUGGAUAUUAAUAUUUGGAUAUUAUAUUAACGCAUGCUGAUGAUUAAAAUUUUGAAACAUUUAUGGAAAACAUUAAAGGAAUUCCUUUUGAUUUAUACAAUCAUUAAUAAGAAUUUACUAAAGAAGAAUAAUAAGAAUUGAAAGAGAUAUUUUGUUAUCGAUGUAUAGAGUUAAGAUAAAUUUAAAUUUCAUUGAGAUCAAACGAACUCUGGAAUCAAAUUAGUAACAUAAAUAAUUGUUUUUAUGGAUUAGCCAUUAUAUUCAUAAGAAAUCUAAUUCAUUAAAUAGUACAAUAAUCAGAAUUAAAUAAACACAUAAAUAAAUAGAAUUAAGAAAAAUUAUUUAUAAAAUUUUUGGAAUGGAGUACCCCAUGUCCUGAAGCGGAAUUGAUUAUGGAAAUUUUAUCGCAUGAAUUAGAAUUGUAUUAUAUUUAAUUUAUAAAAUAGAUGUAUAAUAUUAUUAUAUUUAAAAGAAGAAAAAUAAGAAUUUUUGCAAAAGGUAUUUGGAGAUUAAUAGAAUUAUUAGCUUACUAUAUUAUAGGACAGCAAUGAAUUUUAUUCAAUUGGCAUUAAGGAUUAAAACUGA